UCAUUUCUUCAGUCUGUUAACGGCACGCCAACGAUGCAGACGCGGCGCAGCUCCAGCUCCGGCUAACUGUUAACUAUUAACUGUUUACUCUUGAUUGUGGCCCACAAGACUGUGGCCGACCUGAUCAGUAACUGAAUAUCGAGUAUACGCACAGUGUUCCCGUGCAAAAGUGCUAGCGCUUCCUGCCAUUAUUGUGUUGCAAGUGAAAUUUUAAGAAAACAUAGAAAAGAAACAAAUCAGUUAGAAACAAAUUGUUGCAUUGGAUUGCUGUUAGCUGGAAUUAAUUCAAGCCAAGUGAAAGAGAAAGACGAGAGUGUCUUGUUGCCUCAGCGAUCUUUCGGGCCCAUUCCGAGUUAGCAGUCUGCUGUCAUCUGCUGCCGCUGUUUAUGGCACUUCAGCUAUAAUGCGAGGCAUGCAACUUACCGCCGCCUGGCUGUGCCUCCUGGCCACAGCUAGUCUCGCCCAAAACCAAGAGUCCUCGGCCAAGUGGUCGCGCCAACUGGAGAGUGUUGCCACCGCCGAUACGGACUCUCUAGAUUGGGUGCCCUUGGCCCAGCCCUUGGACGGAAGCAAGGACCGCUCUGGCAAUGGACGAGUGCUGACCUAUUCCCAGACCUUCCCUCCCAGUGCUCGGUUCGGAGAUCUGACCAAGGCCGGAGGCGCUCAGUUCGACUAUCCCUACCAGUUCCAGCGGUUCCCCAAUGGAGCCGGCCAGGCGUUGCCUCUGCGACAGGGACCUCCUCCGCCACCGCCGCCCAAGGGAGGUCAGGAGCCCACUUCGCAGUCCUUCUUCAAGUUCGAGAUGCCCUUCCACAACGGCAACAACGAGGGCCAGGCCCAGGCGCCACCCACUCUCCAAACUGGCUACCAAAUCCAACACACCUUCGGAGCAGGAGCUGGCGGAAUCCCUGCUCCUUCUUCGCUGUUUAGUCCCCCCUCCCUCUUCGGACAGCAGUCACCUCCGUCCUUUGGGUCCGAGUUUCUGGGCUCCCAGAAGCCCUUGGCCCAGGCUCUGAACAAGCCUCUCCACCAGCAGAACUAUGUGCAGGAUAUACUGCCUCCGAAGACCCUGGGGAAGCCCUUGCCCACUCAGCCCUCAUUGCAGAGCGUGACCCCACAAGUUUUUCCCGUCGACCCCGAGCCGGAGUCGCUCUUCGGACUGAACAAGGCAGCUCCUUCGGCGGCUCCCUCCUCCAACAGGGAUCAGGAAGUGCAGCUCCUCUACGUGCCCUACGACACUCUGUACAACCAGCAGCGCCAACAAGCGGGAUCAUCAGGCAGCUCCAACUUUGAGGUUAACAAGUUCAACGUAAAUCCCGGACUGCCAGCCGUGAAUCCUUACCAGAUCAACCAGUUCUACACGCAGGAUCCUAGUGUGGGCAGUGACUUUUUCAGUACGGGAACCACCACCCGGCCAAGCACCACCACCAGUCAGCCCCAGAGCAUCUUCCAGAGCUUCGGACAGCCGCAGCCCCAGGCACAGACGCAGUUCACCACCGCCAAGCCCAAACCGAAGGCCCACCAGCCUCCGCUGGCCAUGUUCCUGCUCCGGUCCAGCUCCCGCCCCUCGCAUUCCGAUGUGGUGGCUGCCCUCAGGAAUGCCCACAGCAUCUCCGUGAUUGACUCACCCACCAAGCAGACACCCGAGAUCUUUGUGGGCCCGGCUGGUAUGCCAAUUCCCGAUGGCUAUGUCAAGUUCGACCUCCCCUAUUUGUCACAGCUGACACAGAAUCGAGACCUCAGCGAUGUGUCCUUCUUCGUGGCUCCUCUGAGUUACCGAACACCGAAUGGCUUCAACAAGAUCCUGCUGCCAGAGCCCCAUGUGGGCUCCAUUGUGGUGAACAGGGCCAAGGACAGUGGCGCCUCUCUGGCACCCCAGCGACCUGCCCAGCGGCCAUAUGCCACGGUUAGCAGCACCCGGAACCCCUUCGAGACCACCACGCAAUCUCAGGGCGGCGUUCCUGGAAGGGGCAACAAGUUCAGCUAUUACUACGUCCAGGACGGCAUCCAGGAGGUGAGCUCCCCGAAGGUGCCCGCCAAGCAGGAAAGGCACAAGAAGAAGCGGCCGCAGAGCGUCCAGGUGGAUCAGUCUGUCUACAGGCCCAGUCCCACCAAGCCCCAGUCACAAAGCCCGUUCGACAACCUCAACCAGAUCGGAGGCGACGACUUCUUCAAGUCUCUGAUCAGUAAGCCUAGCAGCACCUCGACCUCCACCACCACGACGAGCACCACGUCGUCCACCACUUCGACUACCGCUGCCCCGCAAUCCCUGUUCACGUACAGCACUCGACCCCAGGUGGAGUUCCCUGGCUCCAGUGGCCAACUGUAUCCCCAGUAUGUGCAGGAGCCUGUUCAAGAUCCGCUGCCCCGUUUGACGACGCGACCCCCCACCAGUACCACUGCGGAGGAGGAGCAAAGGAUGAAGCAGUACUUCCGCCAGCAGGAUGCCUUCCGGCAGAGGCCACACACCACCAACCCGCCUUUCGAAUAUACUCCCAGCUCCCUGGAUUUCGAGGCUGCUGCUAUUCCCACAACUACCACGCAGAGGAUUAAGACCAAGCAGAGGCUGAAUCUCUACACCCCGGCCGCCGUGCCAGUGACCACCUCGGAUGUGGGCUACAACAAUGUGGACGCCCCCCUGAACCACCGCCCCAGCUACAAUCAAGUGCAAAAUGAGAUUCUGGACAACAGCAACGUGGAUUACGAACCCAACCCAUACCAUGUGCCCUCGGAGCUCCCUCCUCUGACUCCGGAUAUUCCCGGACUGGUAAACAACCUGCAGGAGAAGGACAAGCUCCAGCCGGCUCUGGCCACCACCACGCCAUUGGCUGAGCCGGAACCGGAGACCCGACCCACCAGGAGGCCUAUUCUGCGCACAAGGAAACCGGCUGUGACCAAGGUUUCUUCUGCCGUGUCAUAUUCCGAGUCUGAGUCGACUGGCUCAAAGGUCCCAACCAGGAUUAGGAGGCCGUACAGCAGUCGAGGAACCACCGCCCCCGCUGCCGAAGGGGAGGAAUCUGCUGCGACCCCCACUCGUCGCCCCACCAGCGCCAGGAAUCCUCUGAUCCGCAAUCCCAAUCGCAUUCGCUACAGGCCCACCACCGAGGAGCGCCAGACCCUGAAGACCAAGCCCAGGAAGGGUUCAAAGAACGGAAAGCCAAGCGAAGAUCAGGACUUGGACUACCAGCGGGAUGUGUUGAAGCAGAACUACCCGGUGUUCAAGGCCUCCUCCAGGCGACCCACCAGUCCAACGGCCAUUCCUAGCAGCUACGAUGUCCAGGGUACCACUGAAGGACCAGCCUCCGAGUCGCAGCAGGUUUACACGGUCACUCCAAGCAACAGCAUCGACGGAAGCAGCGUUGACCAAGGAGGUUUCCCGGCGAAUCUUUUGGAACCUAUGCAGAUUGCUCAGCACUACCAGGAGUUUUCCAAGGACAACUACGGUCCCGGCUACUUCCCCAACCAAGAGGACCUGAAUCCCACAGAGGCUAUUGUCCGGAACGAGAUCAGUCCCAUUUUCACCACCCUGGCCACGACCACGCCCUCGACGACCACAUCCACCACGACCACCGAGGCCCCAUUAACCACCACCACAACCACGCGACGAUCACCGUUUGUAAGGAGGAACUAUCCAAGGUUAAGGACCACAACGACCACAGAGUCUCCCGUGACCACCACCACGCCAUCGGAGGAGAGGCCUUCGAUCCGUUCUCGUCUGCCACCCCGUCGAGUUGUAAAGGUGCGCCAACGCCAGCGUCGUCCUGUCCACCCAGCCUCGUCUUCUACUGUGGCCCCUGAAGAGGAAUCGGAACCCGUGACCCAGAAGCCCAGUCUUCGUAAGCUGAGUCGCUUCAGCAAUCAGGAGAACAGGGAAAAGGAGACUUCGCCCAUCAUCCACCGACGCCGCUACAAACAGCCCUUCCAGCUGGAUGGCCAGGAGUCCCAGUGGUCCCCUUCGUCGGAAACAGCUAACAGCAAUGCCAACUCCAACAGCUUCAAGCCUCUGAAUCCCAAAUCCAAAACCGAGACGCACAAUUUUGAGAACGAACCCGAAAUUGUGACCAUGGGACCCACGGAGCAGCCCGAGACCUACGAGUUCAAUGUGGCAGCUGACCUAAGUGGCGCCUCGGGUCAACGCACCACCUUGAAGGCACCAAAUCUGAAACCCGAGAAGUCCUUUGCCGAGCUCCUGGAGGAGGUAAUGGGAAAGGCUCCUGAGGAGCAGUCCACUGACUCUCCCAGCAGUACCACUCUGGGUCGCCUCAGCCGCCGUGGCAAGUGGAGUAAGAAGCGCGUGUCCGGAGCAUCGGACAACUCCGAAAACUUCGAGACUGCCGAGUCCCAGAACCUGGGUCCCCAGUUGUUGAACGCAAUUCAGGCAGCCGGCGAAAAGGAGGAGCUGCCCAAGACAACCACGCCUUUGACUCCAUCCACAGAAGCCCAGACGGAAACCCUGGCGAUUACCACCACAGUGGCCUCGCCCACCACUCCGGAGGAGUACGAGGUGACCACAUCCCGUGCCACUGAAGAGGCCACCAUUACCUCCACGUUCCCGAUGAGCCAGGAGAGUGCCACGCGCCGGAUGGACACGGCAGCGGAUGUGGACGACUUGGAAUCGCAGCCCAGCAUCUUCUCGGAAGUUAAGAAGCAGCUGCAUGAUCUUUUCGCCAUCGAGGAGAGUGAGGACGAGGCUGUGACCGCCGCCCUGGCAGCGGUAGGCAAGCGCCGGCAGGAGUACACAAGCAUCCGUCGCACCAGCCCUGCCACGCCGACGGAGGAGAAGACAACUGAGGCACCAGCGGAGGAGGAGGCUGCUACCACCACGGAGGCAACCGUGGCGGAGAGCAAAAAGGAUAGCUUCCACAAGGACCUGAUGGAGCAUGUGGUGUACGCCACCUCGACGUCGACCAAAGUCACCUCCGAGACGGAGAUCUGCUACCGCGGACGCUGUAUCCGCUCUGAGGAUCUGCCCGCCAACCACAAGCUGCACUGAGCAGAGUCCUCCAGCGCAGGACGAUGACGGGGAGCAUUUCCAUGUACAUAGGGGCAGAGGGGAUAGUGGUGGGAAUCCGCCGUAUCCACUUGUAAUUACCUAGCUUUAACUACAAAUAUGUUAAGAGUCUGGAAGUUCUUCGAUAGGAUGGACAAAUAUCGAAGAUCCUAUCCGGGAACUUCUGGUUUGAUGUAACGAAAAUACCUAAAUAUUAAGUGAAGAGAGAACGAAAUCCUGUCAAGGAUCUUCCCCGGCAUAAACCUUGAUAUUUCCGUUUAGAGAAUUUAGUGAAUAGGCGUUAGAAUUAGCCUUAUGUCAGGAUACCACAUAGCCAACCUUAAGUCUUGUACCAUACGUGCAUCUCUAUGUACUAACAAAUACAAAUACCAAUAAAACGAAACGUAAAAUACACUCAAAA